AUGGCCGGCAAUCAAUCGGACAUGGAUGUAGAGGGCGAUAGAAAAGUUCCGCACCAGACGAGUGCCGACGCUGAUACUGUCACUGCUGCUGAUGAGCGAGGCCAGAAUGCCGGCGGCGUCCCUGCACCCAUCGAAUACGAUGUCGCGCGCGUCGAGAGAGUAUAUCGCAAGCUCGACCGUCGGAUCAUUCCUGCUUUCUGGGUCUUGUACUUUCUCUGCUCGGCCAUUCGAUCCAACAUUGGUCUGGCCCAGACGAUGAACACUGCAUCUGGCCAUAAUCUGAUGCAGGUCCUGCACUUGAGCUCAAAGGACGUCUCCACGGCAUUGGCUCUGUUCUACGUCUCCUAUGUCAUCUUUGAUAUGCCCUCAAAUCUCAUUCUGAGCAAGCUAGGCCCACGUGUUUGGAUGGCUAGAAUCGUCUUUGCCGUUGGAGUGAUAGGAGUCUGCUUCACCGCUGUCAAGGCAGCUUGGAGCGUCAAGCUUCUUCGAUUCCUCUUAGGUGUAGUCAUUGCCGGCAUGUGGCCUGGCAUGUCGUACUACUUGACCUUGUUCUAUCCGCCAUCGCGAACGGGUAAGCGCAUCGGACAAUACUUUACGGCAGCACAGGUCUCGGCUGCCGUAGUCGGUCUCGUCUCGGCCGGCUUUCAGAAGAUGGACGGCUUGGGUGGUCUGGUUGGCUUUCAGUGGAUGUUUCUCAUUUACGGUCUUUGUGCUGUGGUGCUCGGUGUCGUGUUGCUCUGGUGGCUACCUGACCGCCCGCUGCCUCCUGGCGAAACCCGAGUGCGCAAGGGUAUCUUCAAGUGGAUGCCGAAAACGCCCGAGGCCUUGACCGGUGAAGACGCCCUUGUCCACUACCAGGACCUCAAGCGUGUAUAUCACCCAAGACCCUGGACACUCAAGGAUCUGGGCUAUGUUCUCAUUGACUGGAGACUCUGGCCCUUGACUUUGAUGUAUUUUGGCGUCGUCGGUGUUGGCAUUGGUACGCAACUAUAUGGUACCGUCAUCAUCCAAGGCAUCAACCCAAACUUCACCGGAGUUCAGCUUAGCUUGCUGUUUGCGCCCAUCUGGAUUAUGGAUCUCAUCGCCAUCCUAAUUGUCACUCCCAUCGCCGAUCGAUUCCAUAAAUACCGCCCCUUCUUCUUCGCUGGUGCAACCUUGAUUCAGAUUGCUGGCCUUCUCAUUGUCACCUUUGCCCCAACGACCAACCAGUGGGCAAGAUAUGGAGGGUUGCUGAUCGUGGGAUUUGGACUUGGCCCAACUGUUCCAAACUGCAUGGCCUGGACCAAUGAAAUCUUCCAAAAGCGUCACGGCGAGGUCGGAGUUGCUGCCGCAGCCGCACUCGUCUCCGGCCUGGGUAACCUUGGAAGUAUCACGACAACCUAUGCUCUGUAUACCGGUUGGCCCGAGGACGCGGUAUCUGGUCCUCAUCAGUACCGUCGCAGCAACUUGACCAUGAUUGGAAUUCUAUGCAUCAGCAUUGCCAGCAGUGUCGUCAUGUUUAUCGCCAUCAGAAUCUUCGGGAACAAGCCUCAUCACAGAAACAUCAGCAGCAGUGCCGCAUCCGCCGUCGACAGCAGCGACGAGUACCAAGAUGGCGCUGCUCAGAGAGAACGCGAGCAGCGCGGUUUCGGACGCUCGUGGUUCAGCAAGAGAUCUUAG